AUGUCAUCUGAUCAAGAAUACGCCAACUUUUUGGAAAAGGCCAACCAGGACACAGGCAGCUCCAGCAACGAAGUCAAAAGCAGCGGUUUCGCCCAAACAAAAGCUGUUGACUCUGCUGUUCCUGCACCACUGAAGAAUGUGGAUGCUUUCUACCAAAGCGACACUGAUGAGCCGUUCGAGCCUGUUGCUUUGAAGUAUGGGAAGCAGGACUCCAUCAGUCAAGACAAGUUCUCAGAUCUGAUCAACCACUCUGGUGAAGUGGAAGAAGUCAGUGUCAAGGACUGGAACACCAAGAACCACUACGCUGAAGUCGUUGAGGCAGUCAAGAAGGCCGGCAGCGGUAAAGCUGAUGUUCAAGUCUUCCGUGUCGCUCACGGUAGCACUCGCUGCGAAUACUACAUCGUCACUCUCAACGACGAGGGUGUCGUCGUCGGUGUCAAGGCCAAGGCUGUCGAGAGCUAG